CUUUCUCAUUUUCUUUCCAAACUCUCUCUCUCUCUCUCUCUCUCUCUCUCUCUCUCUCAUUUGCAAUAAUUAGUUUGGAGCAAUGUAAUUCCUUGCUUGUAGCAAGUUGAAUCUUACUUUUUACAACUUCAGAUACAAGGUUCUCUCUGCAAUUUUUUAUGUAUAUGAAGUGCUCUUGCUUCCUUUCUGUUGAAGUUUUUAAAGAAUUUAAGUUAUGUGUUCAAAAUUAUGAAAAGAAAUUGUGAAAAUGCAAUUGGGAGAGCAUAAGUACGAGAAUAGAAUGGUUUGGUUGAUAGUUCCAAGGUUCCAUGUGUUGCUUAUUUAUGAUUCUGUGUGAAAUUAGCUAUAGGUGCUUGUUUUGUAGUGUAGAGACCCACUUACCUUCAACUGCUCAUGGGGUGUGGAGUAUCUACCAAUGGGGACUUCCUCUUUAGAAAAUAAUCUUCCUAGAGUGAGCUGAUGGCAGUUCCUAGUCUCUUAUGAAUUAUUGUAUCUUUGUCACAAAUACUCACCAAGGAAUUGCAGUAAACUAUGAAGACUAUUUGUUCAUAUUGGCAUUGGCAGUAAUCUCUUUUUUUGUGGAUUGCACAUAAUCAAAAUGUGAUGUGUGUCCUAACACAGUUCUAUUUUAUUGUAUUGUUAUAGAAAAUAUUUUUAGCAAUGUUUACAUAACGUCUUAAUAUUUUGUAAUGUUUUCAGAUAUUGUAAUAUAGUUUGCUUAUAUAUGUUUUUAGCUUGUUAUGUAUUCGUAGAAACAUGAAGUUGGGUGCAUUGCAAUGGAUUGUGUUAACAGGCCUUAACUAUUUGUAGAGGUUUUGUUGUAUUCUACCAUAAUAGGCCUCUCAUUUCCACAAACAAAAGAAAAAAGUUCCCAUCCUCUUGCUCACCAUUGAGAUGUUACUAAAGAGUUCCUGAAGAACUUCAAUAAUAAACUGUUGCUUCCUUCUGCUCAAUUGUUACUUGUUUAGGCAAUUCUGUGUUCUCAGAAUGUGACUGCUUCAAUAAACUACAUUCUUUUGUUGGUUUAUUUUGAAAUGUUUUCCAAACCCUUAUUAAGAGGCUUAAUAAAGAUUUGGCAAAUGAUGUACCCAUUUUUAAAUUUUUUCGUAAGUCUAUACAAUUAAAUCGUCAUCAUCAAUAUUUAUAGUUUAGGCCUUUUGGAAAUUUCCGUUUCAUUUCUUCAGUGUUUCCGAGGUGUUUCUUGUCAUCCUGUAGUUUUCUUGGUCUGCCUUCUGAGUCUUCUUCCACUUGACUUGUAUUCAAAUACUUUUCUUGGGAAACAAACAGUCUUUGUGUCCAACCUAACCAUUGAUGUGUUGACAAUCACUUUGUCAAGGCACAACGACAUCACUCUGACAUCUCUGUCCCAGCCAUUACUAAAUGUGCCAUUGUAUUUCAGUUACCUGAGGUGCUGUUUCAUUCUUUGGCAACUGCAAGUGUCUACAUUCUUGACGGUGGCUAAUUUACUGGAGGGAUUUGAAUUUCAGUGUUAAUUGAAUGAUAGAAUUUAUAAGUAUUGUCUUUCUGCAUAUCAUACUUAAUUCCAUGUUUCUUUGAAAUACAAAAGUAACAUCCAGUUUUGGAACAACCUAUUUUUUUUGGCUUGACUCAUUCUUCCUGCCGUCACAGAAAUCUCAGCUGUGGAGAUGGAGAUGGUUACUAUAUGACCUACUUUUUAGUAUAUGAUAAAAAAGUCAGCCAAAAACAUCCCCCAGUGGAAGCAGAUUCCUGGCAAAAAUCCAUUUACAAAACUCUUGUUUCUAUCAAUUUGAAUACUUAUUGUUAAAUUUCUCUUUGGUGAACCAGUGGCUAGGAAUUUCUUGAUUUGUUUAUUUGUGAAGAUAUCAAGAAUUUGCAAAUGUAGGAUAGAACUCUAUAUGAUAAAACUACAUUCUUUCACAUUGUGAUCUCUGAGUUGUAGAAUAUUUCCAUUUAUAACACAAUUAGGAUAUACCUUAAUGUUUUAAAAAAAUAUAUAUAAUUUUCUAGUUCUAAUUCUUUAAAGAAAACUACUUUGUCGUAUUUGAUUCUAGUUGUUCAAAAACAUUUAUGCAUUGAAAAUGAAAUCCGUGGAAAGAAAUACAUUCUCCUUUUGAAUUCAUUCAAAUGAUCAGUGCUCUUUCGUUUGAUGCCAUGUUUUGUUUUAUGAACUUAAUUUUGGGGUUUGUUUUCCAGAAAUAACUAAUGAAAUAAUGUCAGCUUCCUUGUGUUAAUGUUCGUUGAGUUGCUUUGUGAAAUAGAAAUUGAAGGAUGAUGUAGAAAAGCCUAUUCUUCACUGAACCAGACUGACUGAAGUUAAAUUUAUUAUAAAAGUGUGUAAAUAAUGGUAAACUGUUAUGUAUUUUAAGAUGCAAUAUUGUUAUUAUCUUGUCUUCAUUCUGUAAAAUGGGUAUGCUCCAAACAAUAGUUUGUUUGGGGCAUAUCUAUUGUAAUUUUAAAUGUAAGAAGACUCCCAUUAUCAAGAGAGCUUGCUUUAUAUAUUAAGCUUCAAAAAUCUCACUAAACUGUGAAAUUGGAUCUUUGAACUUAUUCACUCCUUUUCUCAUUUUUAUGAUUUUGCUGUUCACCAUGUUGGUUCACAGUUUUCAUAUAAGGAUUAAUAUUGCAUUGCAUUUUGCAUCUUGCAUUGUGAAAUUUGUUACCAAAUGAAUUCUUACCAUCCAUGAAAAAUGAAUAUAUUUUCUUGUAUUUUUGUAGUGCAUUAUACCGUUUCUGAAUGGUGAAAGGAGAUGGGACAUUAUUUCUCACUUGUAACACCCUAAUACUUCUUAAAGAUGGUCUGAAGGGUUGCAUGUCAAAAGUAUUUUAUAUUUCUAUUUUCAUUUCUAAUUUAAAUAAGAAAAAAAUAUUUGUCAGUUUCACAGGAUUGGAGGGGGGGGGGGAGUGCAUAAUAGUUGUGAAACAUAAUUGUUUGUAUCUUCUUUGUGGAACAAAACAAACUCUUAAUGUAGAAUGUACUUUCUUGGUUAAUGUUUGUUAAUUCUUGUUAAAAUUUGAGAGUCAAUAUUAAUUUAAUAUUGGAAACCUGAUCGCUUAAGAUUUUGGAACAAGAACAAUAAGGUUGCAGUAUCAAUAAUGUGAUGAGAAAGUCAAAGUUCUAUAUUGUAAAGCUUGUAAAAGCAAGUGUUCAGAUUUUUUCUACAGACUGAAAUGCUUUACAUUUUUUAUAUCCUCUCUCUUUUUAUAAUUUUGAAAUUUUCUAUGAAAGCGACAUUCAAAUUAUAGAUAUAGCCUUUUGAAAUGUAAGAAUUGGCCUAAAUUUGUUUUAAGUUAUCUUAUUAUUCAAUUUUUAUAUUUAUUUAAUGCUCUUGUAGAUAUUAGAGAUAUGGUUUAAAAAACUUUAAUUACACUUAAGAACAUUGAUAUGCUUGUCUGCAUGAUCACAUUGUCACAUUUGCAAGUAAGAUAUAAUAUUCACUGAAAGCUCAUGUUUCAGAAGCAAUAUGUAUUGAAGCCAAGGAUCAUGUUUAAAGAUUUGUUUACACUGAUUUGUGUUUUUUUAUGAAUUUUUAAGAAAACCUUUUGGAAGCUAAGAAGUCUUGACAAGAUAAUUGACUAAAUGAUUCUCACUUUUAAAAUGGUUGUGUCAGCUGAUAUUACAUUUAACAUUUGAUGUGUAUGUAUGAUAAAAUAUACUUCAAAUGUUCUUUGAUUUUUUCAUUUUUAUUAUUGUGUGUGUGUGUGUGUGUGUGUGUGUGUGUCAUAAGAGCUAUGGAACUAUGGUGAGAACAAACACAUCAUUGCAUUGUGUUUUUCAGAUAAGAUUACUAUUUUUUAUGUGAAAUAUAUGUAAACAUUGGUUACACAUUCGCUUUCUUUUUAUUGUCUUUGAAUACAUUGAGUCUUUAUCUUUACCCAACACUUCUACUUCCUUUAUUGUUUUAUUAAAAAAACUUACAGGAGGCCCUGCACACUUGGGGCCACCUAAUGUUUCGAAUGUUGUCUGCAUUGUCAACUUUUGAAUUGUUACCUGUUGACAGAACACCAUCUACAAUAGUGUAUUACCUAACCACAAACGUCCAAAAAGGUGUACAUAAGUGUGGUAAUAAUUUUUAGUGAUUUGAAUAAUUCUGUAGAGUAAAUUUUUUACACAAAAAAAUUAUAAUGCAAUCUGAUACUAAUAAAAUUUGUUUAUCUCUGAAGGAAGAAAUGAUGUUUCCAGUUAAUACAGUAAUUGGAAUAAAUGGCAUGAUGGAGCCUAAUAUUAUAGCAUUUGAACAUGCAUUAGGACAAAUUCAGAAUAAACUUAGCCUUCCUGAAUAUAAUGGGCCUGAUAAUUUUGAAGCCCAGGAAGAAUAUGACAUUAGGAAAGUUGUUGAUGGCAUUUUAAGAAAUGAACAUAAAACCCCCACCUGCUCUCAAUCUUUCACUCAGCACUUUAUGUUCAGUAAUUCAGAUAAAGAACAAGCCCUCAGAGAAAACAGAAAUUAUAGGUUAAUUAACAUGACAAAUAUCGAAAAGAAAAAGAAACUGAGAUCAAAUUUAAAAAUUUAUAAUUCAAUUUCAAUGAAGGUAACUCCAGAAUAUAUUGCAAUGAAGCAAACAACUUUAGACAGGUAUUCAUUUCAAUCCAAUUUGUUAACAUUCAAAAAUUCAUCUUCUAUCAUGAUUAAGGGUGGUACCAAUAAAUCAGUUGACUCCAAGAGCUAUUCUCAGCAAAAAAUGUUGGUCAUGAGAAAUUCAAACAAUUUGCAACAUUUUGAAAGUAAUUGCUCCCUCCUUCAUCCCAAUUUGUAUUCUAAAACCUUGUCCUAUUGGACAAAAACAACUAAACCUUUGAAUAAUGACCAAGGAUCAUUGGCUACAGAAUCAUGUUUGACAAAUAAAAAUGGCUGUGGUAUUGAAACUUCCUUUAAUGAUCCCAUUGAUAAAGAUUCCUUAGAUAUGGACAUAGACAAUGCAAUGGAACUAUUUGAAGUGGACAGCUCACCAAUUCUCUCUUACAAAGAAACUGGUGUGCAAACAACUCCUCCAAUGGUUCAUGCAUGCAAUUGCCUGGGCUAUCACAAGUGUGAAGCAUUCAAAGACCUUGCAAGUAAAAGGUGCACUGUGAGCAGAUCUAUUGCAGCCCUUGACUUGGACACUUUGCAUCACUUGAAAAAUUCAACUUCUCAGUCAGAGAUCUUUGAUCCAAAUGUGCCCCAGAUGAAAAAAUUCCGCAAAACUUCUGAAACAAUUGCUAAUGAACUUUUGAGUGUAAAUAACAAAGUGCUGAUAACUAUCUCAAAUUCAUCUAGUAGUAUUGCACCUGAAACGUGUGAAAUUACUGCAUCACUGGAAAAAAAAGUUGACAAAGAAAAUGCAAAACAAGAGUACGCUCAAACUGUAAAUUUCAUAAAAAAUGACAAUCUAAACACUGACUCUCUUGAAGCAUGGAACCGUUCUCAUGCAUCUUUGCAUGUUUGCACUGAAAAUGGAUCUACUCUUAGAGAACUUAAAAACUUUUAUGAGAUGAUACCGCAUGCCCGUAAAGUAGAUUGUGGUACAGAACUCUAUCGGCCAAAAGGAAGUUUUAAUCAAAACUGUCUUCCUAGCAAAUACACAGACAAGAUGUGUAAUUCAAAUAAAGAAAAUGCAUAUUCUAUACAAAUUAAAACAGGAGCAAAGUGUACCAAUUUUGUCUCAUGCAAAGAGAACAAAGAUUGUGACAUUUUGGAUUCAGAAGAACAAAAUUCAGAUACUGACAAUCAUUUGCACAUUCCACAAGCUAAUGACAGCAACACAGAAACGGGCACAAGUGUUCCAACAGAUGCUAGCUUAUGGAGUCAUGUAUUCCAAUGGAGGGAUCUUCCUAGAGUGACAGAAACAGUAGCACAGAGACCCUAUGAAGACUUCUUAACUUUAAAACCAGCUACUCAGAAACUUCGCAGGAUAGGUCUGUCAAAGAAGGACAAAACCACCUCCCUUCACCCAAAGAAAAUUCAGAAUUAAACUUUUGGCUUGCUGGAAAUAAUCCUGGAUGAAGUUCUUUGUUACUGUUAUUGAAAUGAUUUAAUUGCUUUUCUUUCUUUUCUUAAAAAACAGUUUGUUUUUUCCUCCAGUUUUUGUGCAUUUUAAAGAUAAAACCGCAUUGUAAGUUAUAUAAGAAUAAGUAUUUGAUGUUAUAAAAUAAUUUUUUAAUGACAUAGGUAAUAUUUUAAAAAGUUCACUCAAAUGUUUGUAAGAUAAAUUGUAAUUUAAUAAGAGAUUAAAAUUUAGUGUUCAAGGGACACAAUAUGCUCUACUAUGCAAAUUUCAGACCUAAUUUCUUCAUUAAGGAUUCAAAUGAAAGGUCCUUUGGGGCAUUUAAAUGAACAUAUGCAUACAUAACAUUGUAAAUAAAGAAUUUCAAUUGCACACAUAACAUAACGUUAUUUAAUUAUAAUGUUCUGUAUGACGUAAGAAGUUUCUGUAAUAAAUUUCGUUCAAUUCAAACUUAUUUUAAUUGCGCAAAUGGAUCGUUUGACAGUUAGCGUUAAGUUCUAACAAAAUAAUGUUUUUUGAUCUUUCAAAAAAACAAUAUCAGCCAAAACGGUAUCAGCUCCCAGUUCCCUCACGCCGCCGAGCGACAUCGGUUAUAUGCAUCUGUUGUGUCAAUCUCGAUAACUUGACAAAAUCAACCAAAAUUAAAGUGCGCACAAUCGCACGUACUGCGUUGCGCCAGUUGUGGGAACACAUGUCCGUCAGAGCGCUCGCGCUGUCAUUUCCGGCAAUCAAGGUCGAUAGUGUGCGCACUCGAAUAAACGAACUGCACAGUACGAAAGGCUUUCCUUUCUUCUCGCAUUUCUUCUCACAAUACAUUCCAUUGUCGCCCUCUCUGCAUGAUCAGGGAAAUGGUUUUCUGUGCAGGCAAUGAUUUCGCGAUUGACACUCUAUCCACUACAGCUGAGAGGAAUCAAAACAAAACAAUUGACGUCAUUCGCGUUCGCAGGACAAUGAAGCAUGUGUGUCUAUGAGCUGUUGCUAUUGUUCGUAAUAAUUUCGUAGUUGUGUCUACGACGGAUAAUUUUUUGCCAAAAUGCCGUGGUACCUUCCGUGGUCUGAAAGUAUUAAGAAACGAGCAUGUAGAUAUUUGCUGCAACGUUAUUUGGGACAAUUUUUGGAAGAAAAGCUGACCUUGGAUCAGCUGACAGUGGAUCUAUACAAUGGUAUUGGAUCUGUUUCAUGUGUUAAGCUUGACGUUCAGGCCCUCAAUGAAUUGGGAGAGCAACAAAAUCUACCUGUGGAGUUUGUGGAUGGCUACAUAUCUGAGAUGUCUGUGUCUAUACCAUGGGCCUCCCUUCUCAGUGAUUCAAGCUAUGUGGAAGUUAACGGUCUACUACUCACUGUGCAGCCCAAGCAACGGGCUGACACAGGGGUGUCCAUGUUCGAGUCGAUGUGGAGCUCCAUGAGCUCAAGCAUGCAGAUCGCGGAGGAGUGCUUGAAGCAAAGCAGUGAAGGGAAUAAGGAACAAGCUGUGGACCAGGGGCAGCCCUUAGAGGGCCUGGAGCUCUUUGCGCAGACCAUCGACUCCAUUCUGAGCAGGGUGAAGGUGAAGUUUGUUAACACCACCAUUCGCCUAGAGCAUGUGCCCAAGGAGAGCGUGUCAGGCGUGGCACUGGAGCUGAGGAUACGCAACAUCGACUACUUUGACGAGGCAGGGGCAGACCCUCCUACGCCUCCAAGUGGAGACCCGCAAUUGCACCAGGCUAACAAGGUGUACCAAGUGGCAGCCUUUACCACUAAGGCCUUCUAUCUUGAAGGCGUGGUGUUGUACACAGAUGAGUUUCCCUCGCGGGCCAGGACAUUCUCUCGCUCCGUCAUGUCUCUCUCCACCAGCUCUUCACCUGAGUCAAAGCUGUCGGAGUCUGUGCUAGGCUCUCCUGUGCCAGCCGAUGCAGCUCUGCCCAAGCAGAUGGAAGCUUCCAGCCACAGCCCCUUGGGCGACAGAGACAGCCUCAGCAGUUCCCGUCACUCCGACAUGAGCACCAGAGGUGGAGGUGGAGGUGGAGGGGGUUUGGGGUCUGGAGCCGGCGUAGGCAACUUGGCUCAGGAGCCUGACCCAGUGGCUUUUGGUCGGCUGGUGGGGCGCCAGGAGCUGCGUGUUCGACUGAAGCAGAGUGAAGUGGCGCUGGGGCCCAAGGUGCAGUUGGAGGUGUCGUGUGGGUCGCUGCUGCUGUUCCUGUCCGCGCGACAGCUGCACCUGCUUUUGGAGCUGGUGGAGGGGUUAGCAGCCCCUGACCUUGAAGACACCAGCAACGUGGCCCCACGUGUGCAUUGCGUGGAGAAGCCCAUGGAGGCUGUGGACUUCCGUCGCGUGGAGCAGGAGCUUCAGCAGCAGCUGCUGCCCUCUGCCCAUGUGCCCAUGCAGGGGCUGCAGGGCACACAGGGCUGGUCCACUGCUGCCCUGGAAGAGAGUGACAGCGAGGAGGAGUUUCUACCCAUGGCCGGAGGGAUGAGCGAGAGCAUCAUGUCAGAGGCCUCCAGCAUGGCUGCAUCCACCUGCUCAUCCGCCAGCAGCGCUGCAGGCAAAGGGUCUCACAGGUAUUCCACCCCCUGUGCUUCCUUUGCUCAAAGUGGAGCCUUUGCGCAUGCACCUCGGAAGAAGGCACACAAAGGGAGCGGGGGGUCUGGCCAUGGGCUGCUGGAGUCGGAGAUGGGGGUGACGGAGGUGAGUCGCUUCCACUUGCGCUUGGCAUCACUGGCGCUGGUGCUGCUCCAUGAGGACGUGCUGACCCCCUGCUCUGGCCCUGGCUCAGAUGGCAGCUUGGCACGCUCCUCCGUGCAGCAGAUGAAGGCAACGGCAGACAACUUUUUCCAGGGCCUUGGGCAGUUUGGGUCCUCAUCAUUUGGAGGCAAGGACUUUGUGGCUGCUAGAGAUGUCUUCCUGGGUGCAUGCCACCUCAACCACAUUCGCCUGCUAGCCGCCCCUGUGGUGAUGGAGGGCAGUGAGCGUGCCACUGCGCAGGGCUGUGCGCUCUCUGGCACACUGACCGCCAUGCACCUGGAGCUGCUGGAGUGCUUGGUGGACAAGGGUUCCGCACAGCAGCUGAAGGUGGAGUACGUGGAGCUUCUCAAGUUCCCAGGCUGCGAGGACAAUGCCGGACAGGGAUUUCCUGGGGAGCCCAGCUUGAGGUUGCAAUACAAGUUCCAUGAACGUGUGGUACACCAAGGUCACAACAAGCGUUCUAUGCACCCACGGACUGACAUCUACAUCGCUCUGCAGACGUGCUCUAGUGAAAUUGAUGUUUCAAUUGUAGACAGGAUUACGGCAGUUCUAAAUCCACAACCUUUGUGUAGGAGGAAUGUGAACAAAUUUGCAAUGUCAGGUGGGAAGAGUGGAGUAAAUCAGCAUUCGGGUUUCUACCAGGCUGUGGAAGCGCCCUCUUCUCCGGACUGCAAGACGAGCAUCAAAGUGUCCUCUCCUUUCCUUUCGCUCAAGUUAAGGUUCCCCACCCCAGAUUUGCGACCCAUCCACGACAUGGACCGUCCGCCCUGGUGGAAACGGUCUGUGCGGAAAGACUUUCUCACCUUUGAAUUGACAGAUGCAAGUUUCAGCACAACUAUGGAUUCACACGAAGCUAGUCAGCGGUACGAGAUCCAGUGCCGAGAGGUUCAUGGUCUUUUCCAGGAGGCAGAUACUGAAACGCCCGUGACCUUUGCAAGAGCAUCUGCUGAUGACAAAAAUGGCAACUCUUUGCCGGACGGGGGCCAGGGCUUUGGCUGGCCUAGGCUGGUGGUGACUGUGUUUCCGGAGGCUCCGGCUGGUGAGCUGGAGGAUGCAAUGGACCAGGACAGUGACGAGGGCAGCAUGAGGCAUUCGUCCAUGGACCACCCAAUGGACAGGGGCCCUCCGGAGCCCUCACCUUUCAGCUCCAAGCGCGUGGUCCAUGAGAGCGACACUCCGCACAGCCGCGCGAAGCAGCACUCUGGCCAACCAGAGUCAGCUGGCAACGCGACAGCAGCUGGGGAGGAACUCAUCAUCCCAGGCGACAAGCAGGAGAUGGCUUCGUUCAUGGAGUACGCUUCGCAGAGCACUCGGCUGCACUUGGAGAUGAGCCUUCCAUCUGCCUCCGUUCACUUGCCUUCCAAGCACCUCUAUGAACUGAUCUACAAUCGCGUCAACACUGACAUGUUCCUUUGGGAACCUUCAGCCCCCAAGCCUCAGCCUGCAGGCUCUUCCGCUGCAGAUGGGUAUGGUGUGCGUGCUGCAGCGGGCGUAGAGUUGUCCACUUUCCUCCAGGACACCCUGUACACCACGUUCAGCAUGUGCAAGUCAGGCAUCCAGUAUGAAUCAGACUCUGACUCUGAGGAUGCGGAGGGGGUGUACUAUUCAGUGUAUGAACAGCGUCAGAGGCAGCGGCGGCGCCAGCAACUAGAGGGAGGGACUGGCAGCCGGCAGAGCCACACAGCCCUGUCGCUGGCCAUUGGGCAGGGCGCGCUGAGUGUGUUCACUCCUGUGAGGGACUCAGGGGGCAAUGUGAUUCCUGGGCAGCACGGGGAGCUGCUGAUCCAGUUUGAGGAGGGCAGCCUCUUCUCUGUGUCUGGUUACAGGGGCAGGCCAGGCCUAGGCUACAUUUGCCUGCAGGUGCGUCAGGCAGCCUUCUACCACAACGGACUGGUGGCCAACCCGCAGGAGCCAGUGGUGCUGCCCGUGGUGGGCGCUGUGCCUCCUGCUCACCUGCAGGCGACCAUCUACCACUCGGAGCCAGGGGCCACUGUGACGCCAGGAGCCCCGGAUCAGGACAUGCUGAGUGUUGCCAUUAAGGUGGAGCUGGAAGACAGCCUCCACCACCUGAAGACGUUCCGUGUGGCUGCUGGCCUCCGAGGAGCCACCCUGCGACACCGGAUGGGCCCCAGCCCACACAGCUGGUUCACCCAGUUUGUGGAUUUCUUUGAUGUCAUUGACUACCCCAUUGCAGGGUAUGACCCGCCUGGGGUGAUCACGGAGCUGCAGUUGCACUUAUGGAGCUGCGCAGUGGACUACCGGCCUCUGCACCUUCCCCUGCGGUCCCUCAUCACCAUGGGAUCCUUUAGUGUAGCCAGCAACAUUGCUGCGCACACCAGCACCUCCACGUUGCGCUUCAUCGCUGAGGAAGCUGCGCUUUUUCUAUCUGACCAAGCUCAAGAGGAUCGGCCAGUGGACCUGCGCAAGGAUUACGUGUGUGUGGUGGACUUGGGUCUGUUUGAGCUUUCUCUGAGGCUCUGCAGUCAGCAGAGCUCUGGAGUGAGUAAUGCUGUCCCGAGGGUGGACCUCCGUGCCUCCAACAAUGUGCUGCAUGUGAGGACGUGUGCAGACUCGGGGAAAGCUCUGACGGAGUUGCUGACCUAUUUUGCCUCUGAUGGAGACUUGAAACCUGCUGCUGCUGAGGAAGGCUGUGUCAGUCAAUCGCAGGACAACUGUGCCGGGGAAGUGGAUGGCUCGAGGGGCUCAGAUGUGCUGAUGGCUGUGGGCAAUGACAAUGAGCGCAAUGGCAACAGUCUGUCUCAGUCACAGGUUGCACAUGUGCACUCCAUGAUGGAAGAAGCCAUGAAGGAGUCGAGCUUCACCUCACACAGGGCAGGUCCCCCUAGGGCUACGCGCAACAAGCGUGGAGUAGAGGUGUUCUUCUUCCCGGAUGAAGCCAACGUGCUGGCGUCGAAGGCCUUGGCUGACUCUGAGCUCUUCCAAAAGGAGGAAACGGAGGAAAACGAGGACAGCUGGGAGGAGGACUUUUGCAUCCUUGACAAGGAGACAGGCUCUGGCUUUCUGCCACGCAACAGCUUGCCAGAGGUGCGGCUCCUGACCAGCGAACCAGUGCGGCUCAUUGACAAUCAUUUUGCGGUGCCACUGGGGAAGACGGAUCUGCUACGUGCCCCGAAAGGCUACCCUGCUGCAGUGCUGCGCUACACUUUGCGUGAAAUGACUGUCAUCUGGCACAUGUAUGGGGGCCAUGACUUUGGCCCGCCCUCAGGCCCCGGAGCAGCUGCGGGUGCAGACGAGCAGAGGGUACCCGAAUGCAAGAGCUGCCCGUCUUCCCCCCCCUUCAGCAGCCCCCGCAGCUCUCCCUCUACAGGUCUCCGGCCGCGCGGCAGUGUCUCCUUCUCCAAAUCCACACCCACAGAGGUGCACUUUGCCUAUCACUCCCCUGCCCCCCACAGCCCUCGUGCCAACUCCCCACAGCAGCCACUGCUGCAGCCAGCUCAGGUGCCGCUCUCGUGGCAGGCUCAGGGGGGGCCUGGCCGGCAGCAUGACGUUCUCAUGGAACUGCAGCUCAACAAGGUGCGCUUCCAGCACGAAGUGUAUCCAGAGAGUGCCUAUGAGGCCUCGCGCCAGGUGUUGCUGGUGAGUGAUGUGGAACUGAGAGACCGUUUGGCCUCCUCGCAGAUCAACAAGUUUCUCUACCAGUACUCAAGCGAGGCACGCCCCAAACAAUCCCAUGCCAAUAUGAUCGUGAUCAAGGCAGUGCAUGUGCGACCUGACCCACGGCUGCCUGCGCAAGAGUGUACCCUUCGCGUGUCUCUUCUGCCGUUGCGCUUGAACAUCGACCAGGACUCUCUGCUCUUCCUCUUCAGCUUCUUCUCAGACAUUUCAGGCCGCAAGAGCACCGAAGAUGAAAGCAGCAGCAGCAGCAGCACCAUCAGUGGAGGGGGUCUCUCUGGGAGCACCCCUCGCCACUCCACCCCCACGCACGCACCCCCAGUGAUGACUGUGAACGUGGAGGCAUGCGAGCAGUUGGUGCCCCAGGAGCCCCAGGCGUUGCUCAUUCUGCUGGAGGACGAGUUGAGCAGUGCCAUUGGAACUGCAGAGGAUGAGGGGCUGGGUGUGGAUGCCCAGCGUCGGGUGGCUGCCACCUCAGAGAGCGGCAGAGCUACUGCUGGUGGGCCCUUGGCACCAAUCUACUUCCGUAACUUUGUGUUUACACGAGAUGUGCCCAUCCGGCUGGACUACCAGGGCAAACGAGUGGACAUGACGCAUGGGCCGCUGGCUGGGCUGCUCAUGGGGUUAGGGCAGCUCAACUGCUCUGAGCUGCGCCUUAAGAGGCUGUCCUACAGGCAUGGUCUGCUGGGUUUUGACAAGCUGGUAGCAUUUGCGCUGGCAGAGUGGCUGCGGGACAUCAAGAAGCACCAGCUGCCAUCGCUGCUGGGUGGCGUGGGGCCUCUGCAUGCCCUGGUGCAGCUUUUCCAAGGCCUGCGUGAUCUCUUCUGGUUGCCCAUCGAGCAGUAUCAGAAGGACGGGCGGAUUGUGCGGGGCCUCCAACGUGGAGCCAACUCUUUCACCACUUCUACUGCUAUGGCAGGACUGGAGCUCAUGAAUCGGCUAGUGCAGGCAAUUCAAGCAACUGCAGAGCUGGCCUACGACAUGGUGUCCCCUGGGCCGAGUGUGCGCUGCCUGCGUGCUGGUCGAGGGCAGAAAGGGCGACGCCGCCGCCGCCUUGCGCAGCCUGCUGACUUGCGUGAAGGAGUUGCCAAUGCCCUGGCGGUUGUGCGUGAAGGACUGGGGGAGACAGCGCAGGCUCUGGUGCGCGCUGCCAGUGAAGAGCAUGAGCUGAAGGGCAUGUCGGGGGCUGUAGGGGGUGUAUUGCGUCAGAUCCCACCCACUGCUUUGAAGCCUAUCCUGAUGGCGACAGAGGCCACAGCCAAUGUGCUAGGGGGCAUGCGCUCACAACUAGCACCUGAUGUGCGGCGCGAGGCACAGGACAAGUGGCGAGCAGAGGACUGAGCCUUGCCCAAGAGUGAUCAGCCAAGGUGAUGGCUGUGCUCAUGUGUGGUGUUAAGUCAUUGAGAAGUGUAGACUAAUUUUUUGUAUGGCAGUUAGCAAGAAAGAUAGGUUGAGAGAAAAUAAUCUGUUUCUUAUCUUUUCAUGUACUAUAAUUGUUUUUGUUUAUGUUCCAUUGUUUUGUUUAUUCUUAUAAAUAACAUUCUCAGACAAACAUUGUAUCUGAUUAUCACUUUGCAAUACCUGAGAAGGAAAUUCAUUGGUCUUCUUAAUACUUCUGUUAUAUUAUAGAGAAUGUCUAUAUGUUGUGUGAUAUCCUGUGAGAUUGAUUGCGUUUCAAUUUCAGAUGACUGAGAUUCAUAAAUCACUUUUGAAUCUCAUAGAAUUGGCCUGUAGUUCAAAUUGUGUGGCAGACUAGUCUGUGGAAUUGUGUGGACGGAUAGUCUGUGUGGAGAAUUAGUAGCUCAAGUGACAGGUCAGUUGUGGUUGGUCUUUGAUGAAGUGUGAAAUUGCUACCUGCAGAGUAGAUCUGGAUUUAUUUGUGCCCUUUGAGGUUCUUUUUCUGGCUCUAGUGGCAAGUUACUCCUUGGAAGAGGAGAGGUGGGAAGCUUCGGUUAUGCAUUUGGGUGUUUACAACAAAAGAUGCAGCUGUUUUCGAUUGUAGUAUACAAAGGCUUUUCCGUAGGUGUAAAUGUAGCAAGGACUCAUACAAUCAUUGAAUAAAACAUUCUAAAUUGACUAUUCAAAAAUUUUAUAUUGCCAUUGUUUUUGUGGUUAUGACACAAAAUGAAGUUUAAUUUUUGGCUGUUUGUUUUGUCUUCUUUUUUCAAAUUUCAGGAACUCAAUUUAAUUGCAUCUUAAAAUUGGAUCCUAAAACAAGAGAGAACUAGUUUUUGUCUCUGCUUUCUUGAGAUGAAAUUUUUAUGCUAUCAUUAAGCGUGAAAUAUAUUUAUUAUGCAGUGCUUGAUUGUUUUUGAUUCUUUUUACAAUUUGUAUUUAACCUGUAUAUUGAGUGGGACAGCAUUCUUUUUACAAUUUGUCUUGACUACUAAAAUAAAAUUCAGAAUGAAUCAUUAUUGAAAUUCAACAAACAUAAGCUAUGUUUAUACCCUGUGCAGUAAAGAAUCUGAUACAUUUUUAGCUGUAGUGACUAUUGACCACUUAUCAUAUCUAUAGUUUAUUUGAUUAAUGACGAGUGAUGGAGCUUUUUCCUAUAUGCUUCUCUUGGUGGAAUGAAAAGUUGAAUAUACAGAAUACUGAUGAUAAUAUGGAUUGUAGGGUGUUAAUAGAUUAAUUGUUAUUUUCUUUGGAAAGGUUUUCAUCGUAUGUGCCUGCGUAAAAAUUGCUGUUGAUCUUGAAAAAUAUUUCAGAGGAGAUUAAAACUUUUUACCUGUAUCAUUUAAUGUCUAAAUGAGAAUGAAUUAUCUUUAUUGUAAUAUGUAUAUUGUUUUAAUGUAAAAUUGUUAUAAACUCUUUGAAUCUCAGAAUGCUUUUUGGUAGGUUUUCUAUGUGGUUUUGAAGGAUUUGAAUAAGAAAACGUGAUGUGCAACAAAAAGACAGAUUAUUGUGGUUGUCAUUGCAAUUGAACACUGGGGAUGAUGUGCUUUCUUUAAACAAUAAAAAAGCUGGGAUAGGGUGAAAAAAGGGAUGUCUACAGCAAAUUCACAUCUUCAUUUCUGCUACUUGAAUUAAGGAAGGAAAUCUAUUGGAUUGGCUUGAGGCUAUUUUCAAAAUGCCUCUUGAAAUGAAAUGCUCUUUUAGAAACUUUUUCAUUUCUGGAAUUUUGAAAUGAAGUUCUUCAGUCUCUCAAGGGAGUACUGUAUUCAGUGCUUGUCUAAUAAAAAACACUUGCGCACCUACUGUACAUUUUUUUAACCUUUCUAGACAUGAAGCUCGGGUAAAGAUUUUUUGUUUGGUGUUAUUUCUUUUAUAUGUUGAAGUGGAGGACUUACCUAUGUAAUAUCAGAAGCAAUAUUUACAAUUACAAUCUAAUAUAGAAAAAAAGGUGUACUUUUUUUUCAGUAAUGUUAUGUGGUUAAAUUAUAUAGGAAGGGAUAGAAAAAUUUUAUUCGGAAUAAUGUUUUCUCUUAUGACUUCUAGAAAUUGUGUUUAAUGUGUGAUUGUAUUUUUUUGUUGCAUAAUCUUGGUCCUUUAAAGAUGAAAGAUGUGACUGAUACUGCUUCUAUAAGCAGUGGUGUAGCUAUGAUAUUGGAAGCUCCAGAGCAAAAUGAGUUAUGAAUCUAGUUUAUGAGAAAUUAAUAAUUUUAUAACCAAUGAAUAAGUCCUCCUCCAUCACUCAUCAAUCCUCAACUAUCCAAUCGGGAAACCACUGAGUCAUUGUCUGUUGGCUUUUGUUUUCGUAGUUGAUUUUUCUGUCUGUGAGUUUCAUGAAAUGAAGCAUGGAAAUAUUGGUAGCAAAAAAAAGAGUUAUGAGGUCAUAGGAACAAGAAAGAAAAUAUUAACUGUUUUUUCUGUGAUGAGUGUCAUUUUUUUCUUUGAUAGUAUUCGUGUGAUUGUAUGAAUUCGAGAAAAACUGUAUAUCUUUUUACUUUGUGAUGUACUUUAUUGGGAAUAUACUGGCAGCAUGGCCUAGAGGACAAAUUUUAUAUUCACAACAGCAUUGAUGUGCACUAUUUUCCUUUGUAUGAAGCAAAGGACAGUCAAAUUACUUCUUUAUGAAUUAAAUAUAAAUGAAUAUAAAUUUUGUUCUUUGUUUACUUCAGAAUAUUUAACCAUUUUGCUGAAUUAUAUAUCUUAAUAUUACCUUUGGGUGAUUUUGUUACAUUUGUAUGUAACAUGAACAUGGACUUAUUCAAAUGUUAAAGUGAUAUUAAAAAAAAUUAUUUUGAUAUUUGGAAACAAUAUAUUUGUAUACAAUGUCUUAUAUUUAAAAUGAAUGAUCUUUGAUCUUGAAUAAUAUGAAUCCAAUGUGUCUACAAUUUAUUGUGUUUAGUGUUUGUGCAUUUGUUCCAAAUCUGUUACGAUGUAUUCUGCUAUCUAGGAACAAAUACAUAUCUUAUAUGAUGUUGGUAUGCCUUGUUCUUUUUCUCUUGAGACAAAGUUGGGUGAUGUGUGGCUGAUAAAUUAAUA